AUGGUGCCCCCGGGGAAGAAACCAGCCGGAGAGGCUUCCAAUUCCAAUAAGAAGUGCAAGCGUUACUUCAACGAGCACUGGAAAGAGGAGUUCACCUGGCUGGACUUUGACUACGAGCGGAAGCUGAUGUUUUGCCUCGAGUGCCGCCAGGCCCUGGUGCGGAACAAGCACGGCAAAGCGGAGAACGCCUUCACUGUGGGCACCGACAACUUCCAGCGCCACGCCCUGCUGCGCCACGUGACCUCGGGGGCCCACCGCCAGGCUCUGGCCGUCAACCGGGGCCGGCCCACUUUUGAGGGCCAGGCUGAGGGUGGAGGGACCUGUCCGGGCCUGGUGACCACCCCCAGCUUCAGGGGUGUCAAGGUGGAAGCAAACCCGGCCAAGGUGGCCGUGCUGACCACGGUGUACUGCAUGGCCAAGGAGGACGUGCCUGACGACCGCUGCUCUGCCCUGCUCGAGCUGCAGAGGUUCAACCUGUGCCAGGCGCUGCUGGGCAUGGAGCACGGCGAUUACUACAGUCCCAGGAGGGUGAGGGACAUGCAGGUGGCCAUUGCCAGUGUCUUGCACACAGAGGCCUGCCAACGCCUGAAGGCAUCCCCGUAUGUGGGCCUGGUGUUGGACGAGACCAGGGACUGGCCUGAGUCCCACAAUCUGGCCUUGUUUGCCACUUCGGUGUCCCCCUGCGAUGGACAGCCUGCCACCACCUUCCUGGGCAGUGUGGAGCUACAGGAAGGCGAGGCCACCGCUGGCCAACUCCUGGACAUUCUGCAGGCUUUCGGCGUGUCUGCAUCCAAGCUGGCCUGGCUCAGCUCAAGCCUCCCCAGUGACCGCCUGGGGAGCGUGGGCCCGCAGCUCCAGGCCGCCUGCCCACUGCUCAUGGAGCUACACUGCCUCCCCGGCCGGACAGAUCCCAAGCCCCCUGCCUACCUAGGUGAAUAUGAAAGUGUGCUGGAUGCCCUAUUCCGCCUCCACGGUGGCCCCAGUUCCCACGUGGUCCCUGAGCUCCGGGCGGCACUGGACCUUGCAGCUAUUGACUUGGCAGGACCACGGCCAGUGCCCUGGGCCUCCCUGCUGCCUGUGGUGGAAGCAGUGGCUGAGGCUUGGCCUUGCCUGGUACCCACACUGGAGGCCUCUGCCCCAGCCUCACCUACAACCAGGGCACUGGCCCUUGCCCUGCGCCAGUUCACCUUUGUGGCCUUCACCCACCUCCUGCUGGAUGCUCUGCCGUCCGUGCAGAAGCUCGCCCUUGUCCUGCAGCCAGAAGAGCCGGACUUGGCCUUGCUGCAGCCGCUGGUGACGGCAGCUGCAGCCUCCCUCCAAGCGCAGCGCAGCUCAGGUGGGGCGCGUCUCCAGGGCUUCCUGCAGGAACUGGCAACCUCCAGCCCUGACUUGGGCCGUGGCCGCUGCACCUACCGCGGUGUGGAGCUGGUGGGCUACUCCGAGGCUGCGGUCCAGGGCUUGGAGCGGCUGCGGGGGGCCUUCCUGGACUCCAUGCGGAGGGGGCUGCGGGACUCCUACCCCGGGCCCUCGCUGGACGCCGUGGCCGCCUUGGCGGCGAUUUUCGAUCCCCGCCUCUACCCGCAGGCACCCGAGGAGCUGGGCGCGCACGGCGAGGGGGCGCUGCGCGUCCUGUUGCGCGCCUUCGCCCCCGCCGUGGUGCGCCAGCGGGCACUGGGCGACUUCGCGCUCUUCAAGCGCGUGGUGUGCAGCCUGGGGCGGCUGGGCCCGCGGGCCCUGUGCGCCAAGCUGGCGUGCGCGCGCUCUGAACUGCACGAGCUCUUCCCCGACUUCGCCGCCCUCGCCUCCCUGGCCUUGGCGCUGCCCGCGGGCGCCGGCCUCCUGGACAAGGUCGGCCGCAGCCGGGAGCUGCGGUGGUGGGGGCCGGGCGGGGCGGGGGAAGGCCGGGGCGGCCCCGCGGUGAAGAUCGCGGUGGAUGGGCCGCCGCUGCGCGAGUUUGACUUUGCGCUGGCGGUGGAGUUCCUAGAGAGUGGGUGGGGCGAGGGGCUCCUGGGCUCGCAGCUCACGUGAGGGCGGCCUCCUCUCCUCUGUCCAGCCAGCGCGGGGCCCUAGGCUCUCUAAGGGCCAAGCCGGACUUGACUGUGCUGCACCCAAGCUGACCUACUAGCUGUGGCCUCCCACCCACCUUCCCCGUGCUUCCUGUGCUCCACGCUGAGUAGUAACCCGACCCCGU